UACUGUUUGCUUGCUAAAGCCGUGGAGCUACCUGCGCUCUGCUGCGGGCAUGAUGGACUGCCGGGGAGACUGAAGCGCGGCGAAGAACGCACUUGUCACAACGCGAGCCCCAACGAACUGCAGCAAUGUUCGGCCGCUCGCGUAGCUGGGUCGGAGGCCAGGGCAAAGCGAAAAACAUCCAUUCUCUCGAUCAUUUGAAGUAUAUGUAUCAUGUGUUGACCAAAAACACCACAGUGACCGACCACAACAGAAACCUGCUGGUGGAGACCAUUCGCUCCAUCACGGAAAUCUUAAUAUGGGGAGACCAAAAUGACAGCUCGGUAUUUGAUUUUUUUCUGGAAAAGAAUAUGUUUGCCUUCUUUCUUAACAUCCUGCGACAAAAGUCUGGUCGCUACGUUUGCGUUCAGCUCCUGCAGACGCUGAAUAUUCUCUUUGAAAAUAUCAGCCAUGAGACAUCUUUAUAUUAUUUGUUGUCCAACAACCACGUUAACUCCAUAAUUGUGCACAAGUUCGACUUUUCUGAUGAGGAGAUCAUGGCCUACUACAUCUCUUUUCUUAAGACCCUGUCACUGAAACUCAACAAUCACACAGUGCACUUCUUCUACAAUGAGCACACUAAUGACUUUGCCCUGUACACCGAGGCCAUUAAGUUUUUCAACCACCCAGAGAGUAUGGUCCGCAUCGCAGUCCGCACCAUCACUCUUAAUGUCUACAAAGUGGACAACCAGCACAUGCUGCACUAUAUUCGGGACAAAACCGCUGUGCCAUAUUUCAGUAACUUGGUGUGGUUCAUUGGAAGUCAUGUCAUCGAGCUGGAUAAGUGUGUCCAAACCGAUGAGGAGCAUAAGAACCGGGGCAAGUUGAGUGACUUGGUCGCCGAGCACUUGGAUCACCUUCACUACCUGAACGACAUUCUUAUCAUCAAUUGUGAAUUUCUCAACGACGUUUUGACCGACCACCUCCUUAACCGCCUAUUUCUACCACUUUAUGUUUAUUCGCUGGUCAUCCCUGAAACGUCUGGAGAACGGAAGAUCAACCCUCAGGUGUCUCUCUCGCUGCUCUCACAAGUCUUUCUGAUCAUCCAUUAUCAGCCACUUGUUAACGCCCUAGCAGAGGUCAUUCUCAAUGGUGACCUCUCUGUCUUCGUUCCUGGGACUGACAUGCCACAAAAGAACAUGACUGGUGCCAUUGGUGUCCGUCGAUUCACCAAACCCCCAGAGUCUCUUGAGCGCUCCCUGGAGUUAUCCCGCCACCGCAGUCGCAAACAAGCCCAAAAGAGGCCAAACUACAAAAACCUAGGCGAAGAGGAGGAGGAUGAGCGAGCUGCGGGAGGCGGUGGUGGAGAAGAAAGCUGGGACGAUGCAGCUCGUAACGUCGAUGGAGUCCGUGAGAGGGAGAAGGGAAAAGGUACAGAGAUAGUUGGAGGAGGAAGUGGGAGUGCUAAGGGAAGCAGAGCGAGUGGGGAAACGGCGGAAGAAAUCGAAAUGGUGGUGAUGGAGAAGUGUAAAGUGUCAAUAUUGACAGAGCAAAACAUCACAGAUGAAGAAAAGUCUGAAGCAGCCACACGUGGAAACACACAGAAGAGCAGACCAUUCCUAGACAUGGUCUACAGUGCCCUUGACUGCUCCACUGAUGACUACCACGCUCUUUUUGUCCUCUGCCUGCUGUACGCCGUUUCCCACAGUAAAGGCAUUAACCGAGACCUUUUAGAGCGGCUGCAGCUGCCAGUGCCCAACCAGGAGAAAGCCUCUUAUAGUUUGGUACUGGUGGAAAGACUGAUCCGAGUGAUGAGCCAGGCAGCACAACCAGAUGGUAAAGUCCGCCUGGCCACCUUGGAGCUGAGUUGUCUUUUACUAAAACAGUCUGUUCUAUCUGGAAAUGAGUGUAUCAUUAAAGACGUUCACCUGGCGUGCUUGGAGGGUGCCAGGGAAGAAAGUCUUCACUUAUUACGGCGGUUUUACAAAGGCGAAGAGAUCUUUCUGGACAUGUUUGAAGAUGAAUACAGGAGCAUGACGAGUAAACCACUGAAUGUUGAGUACCUGAUGAUGGAUGCGUCGAUACUGUUGCCACCCGCUGGCACACCACUGACUGGGAUCGACUUUGUCAAGAGACUUCCAUGUGGGGACGUGGAGAAAACUCGAAGGGCCAUCCGUGUGUUCUUCAUGUUGCGGUCAUUAUCGCUCCAACUUCAGAGAGAACCAGAGACACAGCUGCCCCUCACCAGACCAGAAGACCUCAUUAAAACCGAUGAUGUUUUAGACCUCAACAACAGUGACCUCAUCGCCUGUAUCGUCGUGAGUAAAGAUGGCGGUCAGGCCCAGAGGUUUCUUGCAGUGGAUGUUUACCAGAUGAGUCUUGUGGAGCCUGAAACUAAAAGACUUGGCUGGGGAGUCGUUAAAUUUGCAGGACUAUUGCAGGACAUGCAGGUUUCUGGGGUGGAAGAUGACAGCAGGGCUCUGAACAUCGUCAUCCAUAAACCCAGCUCCAACCCUCACGCCAAGCCGCUCCCCAUUUUGCAGGCCAAUUUCAUCUUUGCUGACCAUAUCCGUUGUAUUAUUGCAAAGCAGAGGCUCGCCAAAGGUCGCAUCCAGGCCCGGCGUAUGAAAAUGCAGAGGAUUGCAGCUCUGUUGGACCUUCCUGUGCAACACAGCGGCACUGAAGUCUUGGGUUUCAGUCAGACAGCCAGCGCCUCUCCAAGUGCGCUGCCAUUCAGGUUCUACGAACAGUCACGACGAGCCCCUCAUGACCCCACCGCAAACAGAUCAGUGUUUGCCUCUGUCGAUAAAGUGCCAGGAUUCGCUGUAGCUCACUGUGUGUCGUUGCACAGUCCCUCUCCCCUGUCUUCACCUUCAACUCCGUCCAGUGGAAGUGGGAGCACAGGACGCCGUGACUCUGUUACGACCAGCACAAUAUCGGCUCAGAGCCCCGCAGAUGAUGGGAUGUUUUUGGAGACCACUCCUGUGGUUUCUAGUGGAGAAGGAGAAUCAGGUAGUGAAGUAUCUCUGGUCUCCUCCGCAACAGCUCUUGCACCAAGCCUGACCCCGGCCUCUCAGCCCACCAUCUCCCUCCUCACCGACAGCAACACGGAUGCUUUGAGUGUGGAGUCUCUGACCCUGCUCCCCCCAGCGGAUCCCCCUCACCUACACCUCUGCACUGGCCAUCUGCCUGCAACUAAGCCUGCUGCUGACCCCAUAACUGAGGUAGACGAAGAGGGUGACAGUGAGGAGGGAGAGGAAGCUGUGAGACCAGAGUGGGGUCAGGAGGGAAAGCAAGAGGGGUCCGUGACGGAUCAUGCACCAGUGACAGCAGAGACAACAGCGUCCCCUGAAGUUGGGGAAUCGAUCAUUGGCCAGAACUCUUCUGAGGACCUCCAAGAAACUGAUAACCAGGAAACUCAUGGUGAUGAAGGGAAAACAGAAGAGGCAGAAACACCCGACUCAGCUGAAUUGAACUAAAUGCCUACACACACACACACACACACACACGUGUGCGCACACGCACAGUUUGUGAGCAGUGAAAUGCUCACCUCCGUUAUAUUUCCGUGUCGUAACCUGCUGGUGUUUGAAUGGACACCACUCCUGCUGCCACUCAGAGCCUUGUGCACUGAAGAGAUGGAAGUCUGACUUUGCAAAAAUAGACCUUGUGCGUGUAUUUGUUGAAUGCAAGUUUUUAAUCAUUCUCACUCAUGAGUUGACGUGCAACCAGCAAGGUUUUUUACAAAUAGCUGUUAAUGGACAGACUUCAUAUGCUGCUGUUGAAAAAUUCUCUCAUCUACUGUGCAUGUCGCACACGCAAACAGGUCCAUGACCAACAUACCAGAUGCAUAUAUUUUCCUAAAUUGUAAAAUGAUAAGGAAACACCAUUUUUUUCUGCCAGAUAUUCCAGCAGCCCUUCUGUUCGCAGCAGAAAGAAAAUAAACUUCUGCCUUAUAAGUUAAAAGACGUGCUGAGUAACUGUCAGAAACUGUACUGAAGAGGUAAAGUUGAAGGGUUUGAAUGAGCUUUUGAGCAGUUCUCCAGUUUGUUCUUCACCGUGGAAACUGGGAGCAAACAUCUGUUUACUCCAAGACAACCCCAUUGGUUAAUUGAAGUGUUUUAUUUUUGGUUGAUAAGUAUCGCCUCACGCCUUGUUUCACAUUGUCUUAUCGUUGGUUCAAACUGUUUUAGUAAGAACAGGAGGGGCAGUUGAAUUGCUGCUCUCGCUCCAGAGUGUUUAGAAUCCCAUCACAUCUGCAGUUGAUUUUAACCUGCUUUUAUUUCCACUUCUUUUGUGCAGUGACUCAUGUCUAUAUUCAAGUACCAAGUUGAAGUCCCACCUUCUUGACCUCACCAUUACCAAGCCCGUUUUAUUCUAUCUAUUCACAGGAAAUCAGUGUGUUUAUUGAUGAUGUUUGAGGAGAUUCAUCUACUAGUGGUUAAGGUCGGUUCUUAUGUUUGUUUGAAAGCAGCAUCAAAUUGCUGGUGUGAUUUUCUUCUGUAGUCCACCGGAUCCUCUUGAAUGUAUGUGAGGCUGACUAUUGGUCGCUGAAUCCUCAGAUAUUCUUGGUCAUUGAGUCACAUUAAGAGUGAACGAGUCUCUUUUCUGUAGAAGUACCUGGCAUUCGUAGAUACACUAGAAUUCCAGCUCCUUCAAGGUCAGUGUCCAAUCUCAUCUGAAGUCAGCUGCAAUAAUAUGAAGCACUGAACCGUCCGGAGGAGAGAUGAAUGUAUGUUCACGCCUUGUUUCUUCCUUCCUUCUCACACCUCCAUUUCUCCAUCAUCCAGAGAUUAUUCUCUUAUUUGUUUGAACCCUUUCACCUUCCUGUGAACUGCAUCGGAUGGUGAAAUAACUCCAGUGCAUUGACCCAAAUAAAUCACUAUUGACAGUCCUUCAUCAAUGAUUGUAGAGUGUGUAUUAUGUUUGUAUGCUCUGUAAAUGCUUUUAAACAAGUACUUAUUAUUAAUGAAAUGGUUCAGAGAUGAAUUAAAAACAUGCAAUAAAUUAUUCUA